AUGGCUGAAACAGGGAUUACCACUAACUCUCCACCAGGAAAAGGAUGCGGAUUGUGUCGUUUUACAGUGCAAGUCCUCACCGGCCGGUGGUUCAUGAUGUUUGCUUCCUUCCUGAUAAUGGCUGGCGCUGGUGCAACCUAUCUCUUUGGUGUUUAUUCAAAAGUGAUAAAGGCCACGCUUGGCUAUGAUCAAUCAACCCUAAAUACUUUAAGCACAUGCAAAGAUUUGGGAGCCAAUGUCGGAGUUCUAUCUGGCCUAAUAGCCGAGGUUACACCAACAUGGUUCGUGCUCUUGAUCGGAUCACUCAUGAAUUUUGCAGGCUAUUUUAUGAUAUGGCUUUCAGUGACUAGAAGAAUAUCAACACCCAAAGUUUGGCAAAUGUGUCUCUAUAUAUGCAUUGGGGCGAAUUCGCAGAAUUUUGCAAACACGGGUUCAGUUGUUACUUGUGUGAAAAACUUUCCAGAAGGCCGAGGUAUGUUGCUGGGUUUAAUGAAGGGUUACGUAGGACUAAGUGGUGCAGUUUUUACCCAACUUUAUCUUGCAAUAUAUGGAAAUGAUGGUAAAUCUUUAAUUCUUCUCAUCGGUUGGCUCCCAGCAGUGAUUUCAAUAUUCUUCAUCUUUAACAUUAGGGCACUGAAAAUUUCUAGGCAUCCAAAUGAGAUUAAUGUUUUAUAUGAGAAUCUGAUAAUAUCAGUUACUUUGGCAUUGGUCUUAAUGGGAUUAACAAUAGCACAAAAAUAUAUUAAUUUUUCUCAUAAGGCCUUAAUUGGAAGUGCCACUAUUGUUUGUGCUUUGCUUUUCCUUCCAUGUCUUAUUGCGAUCCGAGAAGAAUUUUAUACUUGGAGAUUGAACAAAGAGGAGGCUAAAAAAGCCCCUUCUGGGGUUCUUGUUGAGGAACCACCUUUGACAGAAUCAAAACCUGCAGAAGAGAUUGAGCCAGAAAUCGUGGAAUUGGUAGAAUAUGAGAAACCCAUGGUCGAAGAAAAGAAAGAAACUUCAUGGUAUGAAAACAUAUGCAAAAAACCGAAAAGGGGUGAAGAUUACACAAUAUUACAAGCCCUACUAAGUGUAGACAUGAUAAUACUUUAUGUGGCUACAUUUUGUGGAUUAGGUUGCAGUUUAACUGCAGUUGAUAAUUUAGGCCAAAUUGGUGAAUCAUUAGGCUAUCCAACUCAUACUGUCAGUACAUUUGUUUCCCUAGUAAGCAUAUGGAACUUUUUUGGUAGGGUUUUUUCAGGGUUUGUCUCAGAAAAACUAGUUUUGAAAUGGAAAAUACCUCGUACUCUUAUGAUGACAUUUUCCCUCGUGUUACCAUGCAUCGGAGACCUGUUGAUCGCGUUGCCCUUUCCGGGAUCAGUCUACAUUGCUUCGUUGUUGAUCGGAUUCUCUUAUGGUAUACAAUUGACCGUGCUUUUCAUCAUCAUUUCAGAGCUUUUUGGAUUGAAAUAUUACUCAACUCUCUUUAAUUGUGGUCAAUUGGUUAGCCCUCUUGGAUCAUACAUAUUUAACGUGAGAACCGUCGGAAAGCUGUACGAUAGAGAGGCAUUGAAACAACUUGCAAGUAAAGGGAUGACACGAUCAAUGGUACGCGAGCUAACAUGCAUGGGGAAGCAGUGUUACAGACUAUCUUUCUUGAUUUUAGCCUGUGUGAACUUAUUUGGAGCUCUUGUUUCAUUGAUAUUGGUGUUCAGAACAAGGAAAUAUUACCAGACUGAUAUCUACAAGAGGUUUAGGGAUGAAAUGGAAAAGAAUGAGAAAGAAAUGGCGGCGGUUUCCACCGGGUAUAUUCAGGCUCGCAGCAUAUAGAUCAGG